CAUGCUUGCAAGAAAAAUGGCGGCUAGUUGAUAGACAAGUGUCCACGAAAUCGUCGAUCAGAAAAAGACCGAAUACUUCAUGAUUUCCAAUAAUAUACAAUAGUGACUCUAAUCCGUAAUGGCUUUAUCAAGAGAAGAAGCGUACGAUAUAUUAGAAUUACCCGUUGGUGCUGAUCAAGACUCAGUUAGAACCAGUUAUAAGAGAUUGGCUUUAAAAUGGCAUCCAGAUAAACACAGUGGGAGCAGUUCAACCGAGGCUGUAAAAAAUUUCAAAAGUAUAAGUAAAGCAUACAAGAGAUUAUUAGGCGAGGAUGAGGACCACAUGCCCACCUCCAUGGAUCAGAUGCUGGCUCUGUUUAAAGAAGUUUUUUUCCCAAGAUCUGUCGGUAAUUCCUAUAAUAAUGGGUCUGGAUACGACACCUCAGACAGUGAAGAUGAUGAAGACUUUGAUGAUGAUAUACAGUAUUCAAACUUAUUCCCAGAUAAAUUUAAGUUGAAACAAGAAAUGAAAAAAGCCAAAACAGCAUCUGAGUUCAGUAACAAGCAUCUAACAGCAGAGGAAAUAAAUAAAAAUGCAGAAGAAUUAAUUACUGAAGAGGAGAAAGAAAAGAAAAAAGCAGAAAAAAGAAAAGCAAAGAAAAAGAGAAGAAGGGAGCGGAAACGUCAGGAAAAGGGAGAUAACCAUGUAAUAGAGGAGGACAAAAAAAUUAAACCAAAGUCAAAAGAAUCAGAAAAUUCUGAAAAGAGUAAAGGAAAAAAAAUUACAAGGGAUUCAGAUUCUUCGUCAGAUGAAGCUGGUUUUGAUCCUCAUUCAGCUUUUUUUACCAAAGUCGUCAAUAAGAAAAAGAAAUCUGGGGCACCACAAAGUUCUGAACACUCGUCAAAGAAAGACAAGAAAGGAGGAAGUGAAGAUGAUGCGGAGGACCUAGAUCCUGUAGUAUUACGCAGUCGACAGUUAGCAAUUAAAGGAAAUGAGAUGGCACAGCUAGGCCAUUACAAUGCAGCUAUAGAACUCUUCUCCGAGGCCAUCAAAUUAGACCCCAACGAUUUUAGAUUUUUUGGAAACCGAUCUUACUGUUAUGACAGAGAACAGCAAUAUGAUAGAGCAUUAAAGGAUGCUGAAAAAGCAAUACACCUAUCCAAAGAGUGGCCAAAAGGUUAUUUUAGGAAAGGACGGGCGUUAGCUGGCCUAAGGAUGUUUUCCGAGGCAGAAGAUGCUUUUACACAGGUUUUAAAAUUAGACAAAAAUUGUGAAGAUGCGGUGACGGAACUGCUGAGGGUGCGGACCCAUCAAAUUACUGACAUGGGGUUUUCACGACAGCAAGCAGAGGCCGCCAUCAAACUGCAUGGAACAGUACAGUCGGCAUUAGAUUCUCUACUAGCUGGAGUUGCGGAAAACGUUUUAGGAGGAGAAGUUUAUGUAUCAGAUGACGAUGAAGGUUUUACAAUAACAAACAAUAGAACAUCACAACCAAAAAAAUCAGACGCCAAGAUGGAUCACCACAAUCCAGAUGGACUGACGGCCCUGUGGGUUGGAAAUGUCCUUCCUGACAAAGUUGAUGACAAAAGACUUUUUAGAAUAUUUUCAAAGUAUGGAGCUGUGACUAGUGUACGGUGUCUUCCAGAAAAAUAUUGUGCUUUUAUAAAUUAUAAAACAAAGGAAGCAGCUGGCAAAGCCAUGCAACAUUUACAGGGUGCAGAAUGCGGAGGUCAGAAACUCCUUAUCAAGUUUCCCGACAAUCCUAUUGUUAAUGGGAGUGGCCACAUCACACUUAGAAAGCCCCACCAGAAGUCGUCUGGACCUGCCACCAUCACAAUAGGGUCGUCCACACCUUUGUCGUCUUCAUCCAAUAAAACACAAGCCGCCGCCGCCGCUGCUGCUACUGCUGCUGCUGCUGUUGCUGCUGCUGCCAAAGCUGCAGAUAAUUUACCAAAGCAGUCGGGCCCAGUGAAUGGCGAUGAGUGUUAUUUCUGGCGUACAACGGGUUGUGUUUACGGGGAUAAGUGUCGGAAUAAACAUGUAGCAGAUCAUCGUGGCCUGGACAAGAAACCAUGGCAAAAAUCCUAAUGUGAACCUUCAAUAGAUGUGUUAACCGUCAUGCAGACUUUUCUGUCAAAACUCUUACCAUAGACAUUUGUGUGUGUGUAUGUGUGGAAGGAUGUGUUUGUGAUAUGAGUAGGUGGGGGUGGGGGUAUUCUGGCAUAGAAUGAUCACAGUGUACUUCUCUCAUUCUGCAGUAUAAGCCAUGUCAUACUGCAUGAUCAGCCCAACAUAGGAACCUCUCCACACAUCCCAAUAACACACAUUCCUUGUAGACAGAUUUACUGUAACAUGAGCAGUGGUGUUAUAUCCAGAUUUAACUUAAAAGUUAAAACUACUACUUGCUUAAUGUUUUUUUCUGGAGAUGAAACGAUGUAUUCCGGCUCUGCUGGUCAGGGCCAAAUUAUGUUGACCCAAUCCAAAAUAAGAAACAUCUUACUCAGAUUCCAUACAUUUUAUUUUCUCUUCAUUCAAGAUUCAAAUUCACUAUAAUUGAAAGCUAUAUGAAAAUACAACAAAAUGAAGUUUGAAAGUAGUAAAGCAUUUAAGUAAAAAUACAGUGUACUGAAAAAUUGAGAAAGGUGCUUUCAAGUGUCAUUUGUUGUUUCCCAUCAAGUUGUACACCGAUGGUGUUACACCCUACACUUGUUGUUUCCCAUCAAGUUGUGCACCGAUGGUGUUACACCCUUCAUUUGUUGUUUCCCAUCAAGUUGUACACCGAUGGGGUUACACCCUACAUUUGUUGUUGCCCAUCAAGUUGUACACCGAUGGUGUUACCCCCUUCAUUUGUUGUUUCCCAUCAAGGUGUACACCGAUGGUGUUACACCCUACCUUUGUUGUUUCCCAUCAAGUUGAACACCGAUGGUGUUACACCCUCCAUUUGUUGUUUCCCAUCAAGUUGUACACCGAUGGUGUUACACCCUACAUUUGUCAUAUUGUUAGGCUUGCCAACUGUCACAUGGAUUACUUUCAUUUUAUUUCCUGUAUGAGAUAUGCAAUAAUUUUCAUUAUGUUCACCUCAGAAGAUNACA